ACCACCGCUGCCCUCUUUCACACAAAUGAGUCAUGCGACCGGCAUAUGCGUUUGCCGCAACCGUUGCUUAUUACAUAUCACAGUUCGCCACCAGAAUAACUUAUUAUUAUGUAAAAUGUUACAACAAAUGAAAUAUUUUACAAGUUUAUCGAUGCGACGAAAGUUUUAAUAGUAAAUAUAUUUAUAAGACAGACAAGCGUGCCCUUGGCAAUACCAUUAUAGUUCUAAGCUGACUACAUGUGUAUAUAGGCAUCGGUGAUAUGAGUGAAGCUCGAGAAAACUUGUAUUUGCAAGCCAGUUUGGCCGAGGCAACGGAGCGGUAUGGCGAUAUGGCGGAGUUUAUGAAAGAAAUGGUGCAACUGUGGGGCUUACCAACAGAAGAAGAGCGCAAUUUGCUUUCGGUGUCAUUCAAAAAUCUUGUGGCACAAAAAAGAUGUGCAUGGAGAGUUCUGAACACAAUAGGCAUAAACUGUAAACAUGAUAAGGAUAACAAACUAGGGCAUACAUACAGAGAAACUGUUGCUUUGGAACUGAAAGAUAUUUGCACUGAAGUAACACAAAUGAUUUCUAAUACUUUGCUUGAUCUAUGUAAUUCUGAAGAAAACAUAGAAAAUAAAGUGUUUUAUUUAAAAAUGAAGGGUGACUAUCUGCGCUACAUCACUGAGGUUCUUGAAGAAGAUGAGAAAAAAAGUGUUGUUGAAGAUGCUGAUACAGCGUAUAAAGAAGCAUUAAAAUCUGCUGAGAAAUUGCCGAACAGUCAUCCAAUUAAACUAGGACUCGCUCUUAACUACUCAGUUUUUCAAUAUGAAAUUCUCAAGAAUGAAAAAACAGCCUGUGCACUUGCUAAACAGGGUUUGGAUGAUGCUGUUGAAGAACUUAACAAUCAUAAUGAGAAUGUGUUUAAUGAUUCAGAGCUGAUAAUGCAGCUACUGCAAGAUAAUCUCUCAGUAAGAUUUUAAAAUUAUAAUUCUGGGGGUAAGAUGGGACA